AUUCCGUUCCUUUCAAGCUUCCCUUAGGUGGAUUCCAGCUAAUUGGAGCUUGGCCGGAUGUGGUUUCAGGUUAUUGCGCCUCAUUUAGGUUUCUGGGCACCUGGACUGUUGGCAUGAUUUUCCCAGGUGACAUUGAGCAUUAUCUAAAGAACAAAACUCCUUUCAAGGUCAGAAAUGCCUAGAGGGCCACUGGUGUAGCCUGAGAGAGGCAAAACCACCAGCCUAGGUGUAUUCAGCUAUCCCCAGCUUCCUGGCUGGAAUUACACCCCUCGGGAUGCUACCAGCCCAAAGGAGAGGCUGAUUUGAGUAUAGAAGGGGAAAAAACAACAAAAACCAUCCUCUCUCACUCAAGGGAGCACAUCUCACUUGCUGGCAAGCAGCCAGGAUGUUUUUCUAAUCCCAGAGUAAAAAGCCCAUGCAACUUGACCCUGACCUACCUUCUCAGGCUUAUCUCUGCCCCUCUCCCUGCAACACACUUGCAUUUUAUUCCCCAGAACUAUCACAACUCCCACUCCCAUUUUCCAGAGAGUGUUAAAUGGUGAGUAUUCCCAUUUUCUUAGCUCACACAGCUGGGAAGGGGACUAUUCAGGCCUCUCUGCCUCUUUCCACCACAUCACUCUGCUUGGUGAUUCAGCCCAAUACUCUCUGCCCCCAGAGAUUUAUAAUCUUCUUGUACAUAUGGAGAAACUGAGGCCCAGGGCAAUCUGGAACUUGUACCAGGUCCCACAGCUGGUAAAUAAAUAGUACAGGGCUGGUUGGCCUCCAAACCAAGAAUUCUUGCCACAUUUAAAGUGCUGGCCAGGCUUAGAUUGAUAAAGUGAAACCCAAGGUAUAUAACCCAGUGGUCUGGGAAGUCUGAGUGGAUGCUCUUGGCAUAGUUGGCAGGUAGCUGCUUUUGACCCCGGGAGUCUUUGGGCAGGCUUACCCCUCCAGGCCUCCCUUCCAGCCAUCAAUGACAGGCUUGCUGUUAUCAAACUGCCUUCUAAGCUCAGACAUGUCAUUGGUGAACUGAAUAUUUAUAUCCUCCCCAAAAUUUAUGUGAUGAAAUCCUAACUCCUAUGUGAUGAAAUCCUAACUCCUCCCCAAAAUUUAUGUGAUGAAAUCCUAACCCCUAAGGUUGCCCUUGGGCUCUGCCUAUAGGAACCCGGACCAGGACGGGUGGAAUAGGUAUACUCAUGACAACACAAACCCUAAAAACAUUAUGCUUAAUGCCAGAAGUAGAAACCAAAGGUAAAACCUGAAGUCAUACCAUUUACAUACGUGAGAAGUGCACAUGUAUUAUACAACACCAAUUUUGCAAAAAUACCCCCAAACGCACAUAAAAGAAUUAACAGUGGUAUUGGGCCGUGUGUGGUAGCUCACACCUGUAAUCCUAGCACUCUGGGAGGCCAAAGCAGAUGGAUGGCUUGAGUUUAGGAGUUGGAGACCAACCUGAGUAAGAUCAAAAUCUCAUCUCUACUAAAAAUAGGAAAAAAAAACAAAACUAGCUAGGUGUAGUGGCACAUGCCUGUGGUCCCAGUUCCUAGGGAGGCUGAGGCAAGAGGAUUGGUCAAGCCCAAGAGUUUCAGGUUGCUGUGAGCUAUGAUGCCACAGCACUCUACCCAGGACAACAGAGUUAGACUCCGUCUCAAAAAUAAAAAAAAGUCUUAUUGAUUAAGAGGCAUUAGCUGUUGGACAGGGUGGCUGCUAGAAACAGCAUUAUGUGUGAAUUUUAAAAAGGCAUGCUCCCCCAAACCCCAGUAGAAGCAUCCCUUUUGGGUAGAGAAGGCUUGAUGGGCAGAAAGAAUGAAUGAAUGAAUGAAACAUGAGAGGUGCCUUGUUGGACCAGUGAUGAUGAUUUACCAUGCAGAAGGUGGAGAUCUGUUCAAAGGUCUGUAAGUGCUAACAUUUAUUCUAUUCUACUUCCAGAAAUUGUUAGGGCAAAGGGUCUCCCCCACCCAACUCCAGGCUCAAGGGGGAAGGGGGGGCUAAUGUCCUAGGGUCUGUCCCUAGCAGCAGAUUCCUGGCUGGGGUCAGGGGGAUCUGCCAGUCCCUGUUUCACCUCUUGCCCUGGUGGUCUCUAUUACUAAUCUUGCUGGUUGAAACCUAGGUCAACAAUACUCCCUAAUGGUGAGCAGCGUGUGGGCAGCUCUGGGGCUGUCCCUUACCUGCAUCUCAGCCCUCAGCCUCAUCUCCCCUGCGUGGUUCCAGACACACACUUUCUCCUUUGGUGUCCUCACCUACUGCUCUUCGCCUCAAGGUGACAGCUGGAACCAGAGCUGUGUGACCUUCAGGUCCCUCAAGGAUAUUUCUGACUUUCCUUGGAAGGUCUCAGCUGUGAUGCUUCUCGGAGGCUGGCUGCUAUUGGUCUUCAAUGCAAUUCUCCUCCUGUCCUGGGCCCUGGCCCCCAAAGGGCUGUGCCCAAGCAGGGUCAGUGGCCCAAUGCCAGGGGUGCAGGCAGUGGCAGCCACUGCCACCAUUGCGGGCCUGCUGGUUUUCCCAGUCAGCCUGGCUUCCCCACUCGCCAAAGCAGUCUGUGAAGGCUCCUCUGUGUACCAUGGUGGAAGGUGCCAACCAGGCUGGGGCUAUGUGAUUGCCAUCUUCAGUGCAGUCCUGGCCAGCCUCCUGCCUGUGAUCAGCUGGCCUCGUGUGACCAUGACCAGCAUCCAGGGGAUGACCAUCUUCUUCUCCAGCGACACAGAGAGAAUCAUCCUUAUGCCGGAAAUGAACAAAUAAAAAUCUCCCAGGAGAAGCAAAAAGAGUGCUAGAUCUAGAGUUGUAUGAAAUGGUCACAUAGCUAGUCUCAAAUCCAAGCUCUACUGCUUCCUUGUGGUGUGACCUCAGGCAAGACCCUUCACCUCUCUGGACCCUAGUUUUUCCUUCUAUAAAAUCAAAGUUGAAAUAAUGCCUACCUCACGAGGUUGCUCUGAGAAUUAACUCCAGUUUCUUUAUAUAAAUAAAGCACUUCGCACCAUGUCUGGCACACAACACUCAAUAAAUGUUAGCUACUAUUAUUAUAAUCUCUACCUCACAGGGUUGUGGUGGGAGUUAAAUGUAUUUAUAAAAAGUGUCUAGGCCAAUUCUGAGUAUGUGGUUGUCACUUAAAUACUAAAUAUUUUAUUUUAUUAUUUUACUUUCUUUUAGAUAGAGUCUUGCUCUGUUGCCCUGGGCUAGAGUCCAGUGGCAUCAUCACAGCUCACCGCAACCUCAAACUCCUGGGUUCAAGUGAUCCUCCUGCCUCAGCCUCCUCAGUAAGGAUUCAGCUGGGACUAAAGGCGUGUGUCAUCAUGUCUGGCUAAUUAUUAAAUCUUUUAAUGGGAAUGUACACUU